ACUGGGGAGCUCCGAGGGGAUGUCUGGUCUGGAAGGACUACUCCCCGCUUCUUCUCUUCGCUGGCUUCUUAUUUUCACCUUGGGAAAGAAUAUGUAGAAGAUGGAAUCCAACUUCUUCUCAUCAGUGAUUCCUGAGGGGAAGUUUCAGAAGCUCCAAGGAUGUGUGGAAUUUUUAUUAGAAAAAUAUUUUUUUAAAUUGAGAAACAUUACUUUUGCUCAACCUGCUUUUCAAAUAUGAAUCAUCACAAUUUUAUGUAGACCUCCAGCAUUGUGCAAGACCUUAGACAUAGAGUAGAAGUCAAAGUAUUUUAACAGAAACCGAUAAAGGCUUAAAACUAAGGAUGACAAACUCUAGACCCAGUGGGGCAGUUAGAUGUGUAUGGACCAAUCUUCAAAUCUGACAAAGACCAAAAGUGACGAAGGCCACAAGCGAGAUGCUGGUGGCCUCGAGUCCCUAUGCACAGUUCCAGCCAAGCUGCUUCCACCUCGUGAAGAUGGGUUUUGUGAUGGGUUGCACCGCGGGCAUGGCGGCGGGGGCGCUCUUCAGCAUCUUUUCCUGUCUCAGGAUCGGAAUACGGGGUCGGGGUUUGAUGGGCGGUGGCAGGAAAACCAUGAUGCAGAGCGGCGGCACCUUUGGCACAUUCAUGGCCAUCGGGAUGGACAUCUGAUGCUAAUCAGGGCAGUGGUUGCCCACUACAUCCACCCCCUCACAUCAGUCCCAGUCCGUGUACCAUAAUAAAACAAGUCUUUGAUUUA